AUGACGUUCCCGAGAGAGGCGGAAUUCAAGGAGGCACAGGGCGGCGACGGUGGUGCUGAAGGUAACUCAGAUGAUUACCCUCCUGAUAGUGAAGGCCCUGGUGGAGGUCACUCUGCUAGUUCCCCUCUUGUUGGUGAAAAUGAAGGACCUAGCGGUAGCAGGUUCCCUAGAGGAGCUGCUGGUUCCCCUCCUAUUGGUGAGGGCGAAGGCCCUGGCAGUCGCGGGGUCCCUUCAGGAGCUGGCGGUUACUCUGCUGGUCCUCCUCCUUUUAUUGAGGUCGAGCGUCCUGGUACUCGCAGAGGUUCUUCAGGAGCUGGCGGUUACUCUAUUAAUGUUAAUCCCCCUCCUUUUGUUGAAGGCGAGCGUCCUGGUACUCGCGUUUCUUCAGGAGCUGGCGGUUACUCAGCUGGUUACCCUGCUGUUGGUGAAGGCGAAGGCCCUGGUGGUUACUCUGCUCGUUACCCACCUUUUGGUGAAGGAGAAGGUCCUGGCAGUCGCGGGGUCCCUUCAGGAGCUGGCGGUUACUCUGCUGGUCCCCCUCCUUUUAUUGAAGUCGAGCGUCCUGGCACUCGCAGAGGUUCUUCAGGAGCUGGCGGUUACUCUAUUAAUGUUAAUCCCCCUCCUUUUGUUGAAGGCGAGCGACCUGGUACUCGCGUUUCUUCAGGAGUUGGCGGUUACUCUGCAGAGCAAAGCGGCUACUCUAUAAUGUUCCCACCGGGUCGUUACCCACCAAGCCAUCGUUUCCCUACAGUAAUUAUCCCCCCAAGAGGUCAUUACCCUUCAAUUAACCAUUUCCCCCCACACAAUGGUUACCCUCCAAACAACGAUUACCCUGAAAUACGUUAUUAUUCGGCAGCAGGAGAUUGGUCUGGUGGCGCGGAGGGAAACUCUUUCAGUGGUGAAGGCGGCAGGGUCCGCAGAGGAGCUGGCGGUUACUCUGCUGGUUACCAUCCAGUUGUUGAAGGCCAAGGCCCUGGAAGUUACUCUGGAGGAGAUGGUGGCUCUGGCGGAUACUCUGCUCGUUAUCCUCCUGUUGGUGUAGGUGAAGGCGCUGGCGGAGGCUGGGUUCCUGGCGGAGCUAGCGGACACUCAGGAAUGUUCCCCCCAGGUCAUUAUCCUCCAAGUCAUCAUUUCCCUACGGCUAUUAUCCCUCCAAGAGGUUAUUACCCUCCGAACAACGGUUACUAUCCAAUGAAUUAUUAUCCAGGAGCACGUGGUUGGUCUGGAGGCGCUGGUGGAAGCUCGCCCGGUGCUGGACGCACUGGCAGUGGAGGCGCUGGUAGUAGUUCCGGGUUAGCUACUAAGAUAAAUGCUGCAUUAGCUACCAACGAAAGUAUCCACGGUGGCGCUGGAUCACUUUACAACGAAUGUGCCGACAGUGGCACCGGAUCCGUUACCAAGGAAGGCACUAAUGGUGGCAGUGGAUUAGCUACCAAAGAAAGUGGUGGCGCUGCAUUAGCUACCAAAGAAAGUGGUGGCGUUGCAUUAGCUACCAAGAAAUGCGCUGGCGGGGACGCCGGAUCAACAACCAAGGAAGGUAGUAGCGGUGGCGCUAGAUUAGCUAACAGCGAAGGCACUGGCAGUGGCACCGGAUCAGCCAUCAAAGAAAGCGCUGGCGGUAGCACCCGAUCAUCUAACAAAGAAAGCUCUAUCGUUGACGCUAGAUCAGCUACCAAGGAAGGCGUUGGACUAGCUACUAACGAAGGUGGUAGUGUGGAAUUAUCUACGAAGGCGAGUGCUGGCGAUGACGCCGGUUCAACUACCAAGGAAGACGCUGGUGGUACCUCUGGAGCCGCUGCCAGUGGAGACGCUAGCUCGCUGAAGAACAGCUAA